UACUGAACUAUCUAUUGUUAUGUUUUAACUUUAUAAGCCCACUUCGCUCAAUUCAAGCUCAACCUGUAUUGUAAAAUAUUUUGAGAAUGUAGUACUUAAUGAAAAUUAAUUACAAUUCUUGUUGCUGCAAUACCAAGAAUUAGGCAGAAAACCGACGUCAUGGAGCCACAGUCAAAGCGCAGGAAGGAGGCGGAAAGCGACAACGCAGACUUUUGGGUGGCACUUCCUGUUCUGUCGGACCAGCAGUCACAAGACACCGAGCUCAUCCCGGCGUUCGCCGCACCCAUCACCGACAAGAAGGAGACUUCCCGGCUGAUCAAGGAGCUCCGCUCUCUCUACCCUCUGACCGGCCUCACUCACAUCAAGAGGGUGCGGUCACACAAGUCGGCCGACGGCCUUUACUCUCCUCAGGUGCUACUGUGUCUUGUCAGCGACGCCCCGGACGUUGACCUUCACAGCGAGUCCCUUGCCAUCGAAUCCUUGCUGCCCCCCGAUAUUGUCGGGCUGGAAGGACUGGGCCUCCCUUUCCUGGUGAAGAUCCCCGCCUUUCCUCCCCUGACCAGGCCCCAGUUCCAGCUGGCGAGUAAGCACUGGCCUACCACCUUCCACGAGGACAAGCAGGUCACCGUUGCCCUGCGAGGAGAGCUCUUCGGCGGGCCCCAGAAGGCCCGCAUGCAGGGGUACAUGGAGGCCGCCCUGGCUGCUGCCAGAGCGGCCGCGGGUUUGGGGUCGGGGCAGGAGCCAGUGGGGGCUGCAAUGGUCGACCCCAAAGAGGAGAGGAUCCUAGCGGUGGGACACGACUGCCGUGGCGGGAAUCCACUCCAUCACGCAGUCAUGGUGUGCAUUGACCUUGUUGCUCGCGGGCAGGGCGGUGGAGCGUACAGUUUUGAGAAAUACCCCGCUUGUACUGCCGCAAUGUCCCCCACAAGCAGCCACUCUAAACCAGCUGCAGAGAGCUCGAAAACGACCGCCCGGGUUGUGGAAGAGGGGCAGCCAUACAUAUGCACUGGGUACGACCUCUAUGUGACCAGGGAGCCUUGUGUGAUGUGUGCGAUGGCCCUGGUACACUCCAGGAUAGGAAGGGUCUUCUAUGGCACGGCCUCUGCCGAUGGAGCUCUAGGGACCAAGUAUAAGAUCCACACUCAGAAAGAUCUGAACCAUCGCUUCGAUGUGUUUAAAGGGGUCCUGAGCCAGCAAUGCAAGGACCUUUAUGGGUUAAAAGACCCCAUCAAACACUGAAAGAAGUGGCUCUCUAUUUUUAAGAUAUGAUUUUUGUUGGAUAAUAGCCUGGGACAAAUACAUACAGAAUUACAUGAUUUUGACUUGGAUCUACCAUGCUGUAAUUAAAAGAUUUUAGUACCCAAAUAAUCACUCUACCAUCAGGCAUCCAAUAUAAAGAUGCCCUUACCAUAUCUGCUCCUGUUUGCUAAAUGGCUAUAUUACCACCUGAAAACACUAUAAACAGCAAACAAGACUUGGUGAACAAACAAUAUACCAAUGCAAGAAUGAGGGCCCAAACCAUUUUAAUGAUGUUAGUAAUGCAAGAGUAAUAGUAAUGAAUGGGAGACAGACACAAUCAUGGCAACAUAUGCUGCAGACAAAAUAGCUACAUGGACAUAUGUACAUAAGUUCAUCCACUGGAUUAGUAAUGUCUGGCAGCAUGACAUUUUAUCUUUCCUUUUUCAUACAAGACAUGUCGCAAAGGAACGUUACAAUGGAAAUAGCCUGCCCUAUUUGAUUUAACAACAAAUGCUAAAUGAUUCACAAAGAAAACCAGGCAAAUAAAGAGUAUAAUUUUC